AUGCUUCUGAGAAAUUUAGAUGAUACUGAUGGACAUUGCAAUGGCACACACUACAUCAUUGUCAGUUUACAUGAUCAUGUUAUUGAGGCUGAGAUUGUUUCUGGUCCUUAUGCAAGAUCAACUCUGCUAAUUCCAAGAACACCAUAUGUGUCUCAAGAAAUGGAAUUUCCAUUUACAUUUACAUGGGAAAAAUUUCCUGACAAGCCAGGUUUUGCCUUGACGUGCAACAAGGUACCAGGACAGCCUUUUGAACAAACUGGAAUAUAUCUUCCGACACAAUUUUUCUCACUUGGUCAGCUGUAUGUUACAUUAUCUAGAGUUCGAAAGUAG